CUCCAGUUCCCAGCACAGCCACACACAGAGCCAGUGACACAGAGAUAGUUUAACAAUGGCGACCAGAGCCAGAGUAACCAUCCCUCUCCUCUUCCUCCUGGGCACAAGCCUUCUCUUCGCCGCGGCUGUUUCGGCCUCCCAUGACGAGGAGGAGGACAGGCGCGGUGGGCGCUCGCUGCAGCAGUGCGUGCAGCGGUGCCAGCAGGACCGGCCGCGGUACUCUCAUGCCCGGUGCGUGCAGGAGUGCCGGGACGACCAGCAGCAGCACGGAAGGCACGAGCAGGAGGAGCACGGCCGUGGCCGUGGCCGGCACGGCGAGGGAGAGCGUGAGGAGGAGCAGGGCCGUGGCCGUGGGCGGCACGGCCAGGGAGAGCGUGAGGAGGAGCAGGGCCGUGGACGUGGGCGGCGCGGCGAGGGAGAGCGUGAUGAGGAGCACGGGGAUGGCCGCCGGCCGUACGUGUUCGGCCCGCGCAGCUUCCGCCGCAUCAUCCGGAGCGACCACGGGUUCGUCAAGGCCCUUCGCCCGUUCGACGAAGUGUCCAGGCUCCUCCGGGGCAUCAGGAACUACCGUGUCGCCAUCAUGGAGGUGAACCCGCGCGCGUUCGUCGUGCCGGGACUCACGGACGCAGACGGCGUCGGCUACGUCGCUCAAGGCGAGGGGGUGCUGACGGUGAUCGAGAACGGCGAGAAGCGGUCCUACACCGUCAGGCAAGGCGAUGUGAUCGUGGCGCCGGCGGGGUCCAUCAUGCACCUGGCCAACACCGACGGCCGGAGGAAGCUGGUCAUCGCCAAGAUUCUCCACACCAUCUCCCUGCCCGGCAAGUUCCAGUAUUUCUCGGCCAAGCCUCUCCUCGCUAGUUUGAGCAAACGCGUGCUCAGAGCGGCGUUAAAGACCUCGGAUGAGCGGCUGGGUAGUCUCUUGGGCAGCCGCCAAGGCAAGGAGGAGGAGGAGAAGUCCAUCUCCAUCGUCCGCGCGUCAGAGGAGCAGCUCCGCGAGCUGCGUCGCGAGGCGUCCGAGAGCGGGCAGGGCCACCACUGGCCUCUCCCCCCGUUCCGCGGCGACUCGCGCGACACCUACAACCUCCUGGAGCAGCGCCCCAAGAUCGCCAACCGCCAUGGCCGCCUCUACGAGGCCGACGCCCGUAGCUUCCACGCCCUCGCCCAACACGACGUCCGCGUCGCCGUGGCCAACAUCACGCCGGGUUCUAUGACCGCGCCCUACCUGAACACCCAGUCGUUCAAGCUCGCCGUCGUGCUGGAAGGCGAGGGCGAGGUGGAGAUCGUGUGCCCGCACCUCGGCCGCGACAGCGAGCGCCGCGAGCAAGAGCACGGCAAGGGCAGGUGGGGCGAGGAAGAGGAGGACGACCGGCGGCAGCAACGCCGACGCGGGUCCGGCUCCGGCUCCGAGUCCGAGUCUGAGGAGCAGCAGGAUCAGCAGAGGUACGAGACGGUCCGCGCGCGGGUGUCGCGCGGCUCGGCGUUCGUGGUGCCCCCCGGCCACCCGGUGGUGGAGAUCGCCUCGUCCCGCGGCAGCAGCAACCUCCAGGUGGUGUGCUUCGAGAUCAACGCCGAGAGGAACGAGCGGGUGUGGCUCGCCGGGAGGAACAACGUGAUCGCCAAGCUGGACGACCCCGCCCAGGAGCUCACCUUCGGCAGGCCCGCGAGGGAGGUGCAGGAGGUGUUCCGCGCCAAGGAUCAGCAGGACGAGGGCUUCGUCGCCGGACCCGAGCAGCAGGAGCAGGAGCGCGGGGACCGCCGUCGUGGUGACCGCGGGCGCGGCGACGACGCCGUGGGGGCCUUCCUGAGGAUGGCGACCGGCGCGCUCUGAGGCGGCAAGGCCGCUGUUGUUAAGUGAAUGUGUGAGCUGGAGCCCGUGCCAUUUGAGAGCUGAACUUGUAUGUGUGUGUAAGUUUGUCAGUACGCGGGAGUAGCAUAAAUAAGUCGUGGCACGGGCUCAGUACGAUGAUGUAAGUUUGCCAACCUACCUACUACUGCCAAGGCAUGCCCAUGUCAAUACAUAAAUAAACACAAGGGCGUUGCGCCUCUUUUUCAGUA